AUGUCCAAAUACGGUGUGUUGGCCAUCGGUCCUGCUGGCGCCGGCAAGACGACCUUCUGCUCGGCCCUGAUCGGUCACUUGCGCAACUCGCGUCGCUCAUGUUUCUAUAUCAACCUCGACCCGGCUGCCGAGGAGUUUGUCUAUGAGCCUGAUCUCGACAUCAGAGAGCUCAUUACCCUCGAAGAUGUCAUGGAAGAAAUGCAUCUCGGCCCCAAUGGCGGUCUGAUUUACUGCUUUGAAUUCCUUCUGGAAAACAUGGACUUCAUCACCGACCCGCUGGAAGAGGUGGGUGAAGAGUACCUGAUCAUUAUCGAUAUGCCUGGUCAAAUCGAGCUGUAUACACAUGUGCCAAUUCUGCCCUCUCUCGUCAAAAACUUGACCAGAGGCAGCCUCAACGUCAACCUCUGCGCCGCCUACCUGCUGGAAGCCACCUUCGUCGUAGAUCGCGCAAAGUUCUUUGCCGGAACCCUGAGUGCUAUGAGUGCCAUGCUCAUGCUCGAGGUCCCCCACGUCAACAUUCUGAGCAAGAUGGAUCUCGUCAAAGGCACCGUCGCAAAGAAAGACCUCAAACGUUUCAUUGACCCCGAUGUCAGCCUGCUCGACGAAGACCCGACCACUGGCCUGUACUACCAGGAAACCGACGACCCAGACGAUGUUACAGACUCCCAAAGCGUUAUGGCCGGUUCUUCAUUCAACAAGCUGAACCGUGCUGUUGGUCAGCUCAUCGAUGACUUUGCCAUGGUUUCCUUCCUCAAGCUCGACGCCCAAGACGAAGACAGUGUCGGCGCCGUCCUCUCCUACAUCGAUGACGCCAUCCAGUUCCAUGAAGCUCAGGAACCCAAGGAACCCAUGGAUGAAGCACAAGAUCAAGAGAUGGCUGAGAUGGGUUGA